AUGUUGAGCAGCAGCAAGAUCGUUGCCAUGUGCGUCGCGGCCGCCGCCCUGUCGAACGGCGUGCGCGCGGAACAAGCGGUGGCCCAGACGUUCGGCCACAUUCACGGUGGCCACCUCCACGGCAUCCAUGGCGUCGGCGUGGGAGUUCCCGGUGUUGUGGGAGUCGGCGUGGGCGGCCUGGGUGUGUACGGCCCUGGCGUCUACGGCCCCGGAGUCUACGGUCCCGGCGUCUACGGCCCUGGUGUCUACGGCCCCGGUGUGGGCGUGGGCGUGGGCGGCUAUGGCGCGCCUGCUGCCCCCGCGGCUUACAACAGCUACCCGAGCACGAACGGCGGCGGUGCCACAGCAAGUGCGUCAGCGACUGCGAACGCCAACCGCAAGCUCCGCUCGCAGGGAUGA